UCAGGAAACGCGAGUGAUGUCAGCACGGGAGAGAGGGGUUGGUUGGUGUAAAUCCCACACAGCGCGCACUCUGCCUUAAUGGUGUCAUCUGUGCGUUCAGCAGGCGGGGGCUGAUACCUAACCAGGAGGCAGGAGCCCAGCCCGUCUGCCCCGUUGCCGGAAUCGGAGAAUUCCACGGCACACCGACUGGGAGGAGGUCCCGGAGGCAUCGCUGGCUGUAGGAUUAUACCGCACUCUUAUCCCGACCACACACACACACACACACACACACACACACACGCACAAAGGUAACCCAGUCACAAGGAGCAGGUUCUGGGGAUUUGAACCCUGUUUGAAGUGGAAGAGGCCGAGGCAAAGAUGCUGCUCGACCUGCUGAAUUCCUCCGUCAGUUUGUUUUUUUAGUGCAUCUUGCAAGUACGGACCUGCCGUCCUCUGUGUACCGAGAGCAGGUUCUUUCCAAUGAUUGGACAGGGGAGUCAUAUGGUGUAUCAGCGCAAAAUAGCAAGAGCUUGAAGUCUGAGGAUAAAUGUAAUUUGAGUAGUCAGCUUAAAUAAAUAAGCCACUACCUCUUUGGAUACACACAUUGUGAAGCUAUUACAGCCAAGCACUGCCAGGAUGUCCAAGCUAGUGGAAGUGCGGAUGGAGGAGUGCAAUCUGACGACCGAGAAGCCUCCCUUCAAGCUGCCGCUAUGGAAACGGCUGGGCAAGAACUUGAUGAAGAACCUGCUGCUGUCUCUCACGGUGUUCGGUGUGAUAUUCGGAGCGUUCGCCGGAUGUUUGCUGCGAUACGCAGCCCCCAUACAUCCCGACAUCGUCAUGAUCAUUGCCUUCCCGGGAGACAUUCUCAUGCGCAUGCUGAAGAUGCUCAUCCUUCCUUUGAUUAUCUCCAGUUUAAUUACAGGUCUGUCUGGUCUCGAUGCCAAGGCCAGUGGGCGCUUAGGGACCAGAGCCAUGGUGUACUACAUGUCCACCACCAUCAUUGCGGCUGUGCUCGGCGUGAUCCUCGUGUUGGCCAUUCACCCUGGAAAUCCUGCACUGAAGAUACAGCUGGGAGAAGGGAAGAAGAACGACGAGGUGUCCAGCCUGGAUGCAUUCCUGGAUCUCAUCCGAAACCUCUUUCCCGAAAACCUGGUGCAAGCCUGCUUCCAGCAGAUACAAACAGUCAUCAAGAAAGUGGAGAAGCCCCCUGAGGAUCAGAGUGUUGCCAACAUCUCGGCGAUCAUGCUGGAAGUGGUGAAUGAAACCCUGGGGGAAUCGCAAGGACCCAGCUACACCAUCACCAAGAGCUUGCAGUUCAAGGAUGGGAUGAACGUGUUGGGUGUGAUUGGGUUCUUCAUUGCUUUUGGUAUCGCCAUGGGGAAAAUGGGGGAGAGGGCACAGCUGAUGGUGGAGUUCUUCAACAUCCUCAACGAGAUCGUCAUGAAGCUGGUGAUAAUGAUCAUGUGGUACUCCCCCCUGGGUAUUGCCUGUCUGAUUUGUGGGAAGAUUGUAGCCAUAGAAGACUUGGAGGUGGUUGCCAAGCAACUGGGCAUGUACAUGGUGACGGUAAUCGUUGGGCUUAUCAUCCACGGAGGCAUCAUCUUGCCGCUGAUGUACUUCGCGAUAACCAGGAAGAAUCCUUUCUCCUUCCUAGCGGGAAUCUUCCAGGCCUGGAUCACUGCUCUGGGGACAGCAUCCAGUGCUGGGACCCUGCCCGUCACUUUCCGCUGCCUGGAGGAGAACCUGGGGAUCGACAAGCGAGUGACCCGAUUCGUUCUUCCGGUCGGUGCUACCAUCAACAUGGAUGGGACUGCCCUCUACGAGGCUGUGGCUGCCAUAUUCAUCGCCCAGAUGAACAACAUCCAGUUGGAUGCAGGCCAGAUAGUGACUGUGAGUUUGACAGCGACCUUGGCCAGCAUUGGAGCUGCCAGUAUUCCCAGUGCAGGACUAGUCACCAUGCUCCUGAUUCUCACUGCUGUUGGACUCCCCACUCAAGACAUCAGCCUCCUCAUUGCUGUGGACUGGCUGCUGGACAGGAUGAGGACCUCGGUGAACGUUGUCGGCGACUCAUUCGGGGCUGGCAUCGUCUUCCACCUGUCGAAGGAGGAGCUGGCGAACAUCGAUGCCCAGCAUGCCUUGCUCGAGGAUGGGAGACUGGGCAAGGCAUCCUUCAUACACGAUGGCAUGAAGGCCCACCAUGAGAACAACUCAAACCGGGCCAACUACUCAGACAACUCUGUCCAGGCGGAAGAGGCCAAGGUGACCAUGGCCAAGAAUGGCACAGCUGCCGACCACACAGUUGUUGAGGAGGAACCUUGGAGCCGGGGGAGCUGAGGAGAGUGGGGCAACCCGAUACCAUCACCCACGAGCCCCGCACCUCCCCUCUCCCCCUCCCCCACCCCCGCCCCCGCACCCCCGCACCCCACCGAAGCUCGCUUCUGCUGAAACCGUUCGUCCGACGGGAAACAAGCAAAUAAUAGCAAGAUGAAAUUCUUUCGUACUUUUAUGUAAGUGUGGUUAGUGCAAGGUCCAAGUAGAGAGCUGGUGAAGGGGACACCUGGGGUUUUACCAGUUGCUGCAUAGUCCUUUACAGGUCUCCACACGGUCACUCGGGAAAGAGGAAGGAGAGGGAAAGGAGCCCAUUUGGAAGAAGCAAGUUUGCAAAGCUAAGCGCAAGACUGCAAGGUGUAUGUCCCGCACCCACUACCCUUUUGCCCUGCCUGAGAGUAUUGUGAGUUGCCUGUGUUGUUGGGAAAGAUAUUUAUAUUGUUGCACAUCCAGGAUUUAACCCUCUUCUAUUUGCUCUGUUGGGUCUUGCCAACCUGUAUUGCAAUGAAGCACAUAAAUUUUGACCUAACUGGUCGGCACAGGCCAUUCUCAGGGAAGUGACCUGGUUUAAUGCGUGACACUGCUAUUGGCGAGCUCCACAAGUGCACCAGUCCAGCGACGUCGCCUCCAGCUCCGCUCCCUCUUGAAGGAAGGGCAGAUCCCUCGCACUCUGCUCUGGGAAAUGUGCCUCGGCGCUGUGGGAUCAGCCAGCAAGGCAGAGCUUGGGGCAGGAGGGUGCAGGAGGGAGCCUGCACGCUGGCCUGCUUCCUGUCAGUCUCAGAACGACGCAGGUCCCCUUCCCGUCCCCAAAUCCCGCCUCUGGCCACGGGGGAAGUACCUGAAAAAGUUGUACCAGCUUCCUUCCUUUCGGGUUCCGUGUAGGGAUCCAAGAGGGAUAACAUUCCAGCACCGCUCAAGGCCGGGGUGGGGGUUGGUGUCCGCGGGUCUGAGAGAGGCGCUCACUACUCCAGCUUCUCCUUUGCCUCUAGUGGUCCAAUUAUCCUGCCCGCACUCUGUCACCCAUUGGGAGAUCCUGGACCACAGGAUUAAGAGUUGGGCCCCAUCACAUGAAGAAUGGCUGAAGCUCAUUCGCCAUUCCUGCAAGGGAUGUUGCCACAGCGGGGCAUGUCUUUAAUGACCCCUGAGUAACCUUUCAAUGGCGUGACCCAAAUUUAAGUCCCCAGCAGGAUAAAGUUGUCAGCUGACCCCGUUAGUGAGUUGUUCAAACAGUAAACCACCCCCCCACUGGGGAUCAAAGAGGUGUUGGUGGCAGGUCCACACUGACCCAAUAUUUUGCAUGUAUCUAAUCCAAACAGGUGCCUAAUUCAAAGUCAAAGUCAAAGUCAAGUUUAUUGUCAUACGCACAAGUACCCGUAAGCAAGGUGCAAUGAGAAACUUGCUUGCAGUGCUUUUCAUCACUGACUUGAAGCAGCUUAGGUGUCUGCUGUGGGAAGACUGAUACACAAGUGGUGAUCCAGUUCAGCUAAGGCUUGAGUUACCUUGCUAGGUUGGGGAGGGGAAGUGAAUCCUUUGUUACCCAUGAACCCAUACCACUUGACUCCUCAUCCCUUGUAACGACAGCAGCCAAUGUGUCAAAAUCUGGCUCUUGACCCAGAGAAGGGUAAAGGUGCCACUCUCAACUGUGAAUGUUUUUUGUUUGAUGGAGUCUGUUGGCAGGUUCAUCCACUGCUGGGUAGAAUGGUGUUGAGCAAAUAUUCUCGAUCCACAACCCCCAGACACUGCCUUUGACUUCAGCACCACGGACAAGCACAAGUCUUCUGUCAAACUUUUCUCUCUGCCAAUUCACUUGUCUCGAAGUUCACAAGAGUGCCAAAUGAUGCCCAAUGUCCUUGGGGCCCGGUUGGAACACAAGGGAGGGUAUCUGGCUCAGGAAUCUCUUCUGCUGACAUCCUUGGCAAAUGCAGACACAAGGAUCCCAGAAGUAGACACUCCCUGAGCAGGUUAACCCUCAUGUGCAGGGGGUGGAUUGUGAAUUUUUAUGUAAAAGAUCAUUUGCCUCAUGCAACAGGCAAGACUAUAUUACAAUCUGUGCAAUUAGGUUUUAAAGCCCUCUGCUGAGAGAUUUCACAGAUGGAAGAAUCUCCCGGAUUGUAAUCUUUGAAGCAAAUUAGAAAUUGCUUUAAGGAUGCAGUUGGUUCAUGCUGUUCAGUGUUAACUGGUUUUCUACUUUCUCAGAGUGUCUCCUUGAGCUGUUGUAUUACUGUGGACUAUUAUUAAAUUUUGUACUUGUGUCUAACGUAAACCUUGCAUGAUAUUUAGUGCACAUACUACUUUGAAGCAAUCGGGCGACAUUGGGUGUUAAUUGUUCUUAGUUUUUAUGCCAUAAUUUUUAUACAUUCUUGUAACUUCUUAACUUCAGCUUUCCAAAUCCCUAAAAGAACCUGGUAUGCCUUUUCAUAGUUAAAGUUUUGCAGGUGUAGGAAUUUGUGUGUGUGUGUGUGUGUGUGUGUGUGUGUGUGUAUGUGUGUGUGUGUGUGUGUGUGUGUGUGUGUGAAAUUAAAAAAGAACAGCUAAUGGAUUGAAAAAUGUAGUGCAUUGGGAAGAUAAGGGAAGAGGAGAUACUGUGAUAUCUGAAGUACACAGCCAGGAGAGAUUGGAAGGUGAGGAGAUUUUCCAAUCACAUCAUGAAUUAUUCCCGCUCCCACUCACAAUGCAACAGAUACAAAGUUCUGUCUCUGUGGCUGGUUUGGUGGAAACCCACCCCACAGCUGGAUAGGCAGGAACCUCAUGUCAGCUGAGCUCGACCAGUGAAGGUGUUGGUUGCUUGGGUGAUUUGCCCAGUACGCAUUGGGCGCAACCCAUCCAAGAAUAAAGUGGAAUGCUAAUACUUUUGGAGCAGGAAGGAGAACACUGUGACGUCAAUAGCAAAUUGGCAGAGGGGCUGAAAGCAUCCAGUGAAGAAGAAGUGUGUAGCGGUCAGGUAUACCUUCCAAUCUGAUCCACAGAUCUGACAGAAGCUGACACUCCCUCCCACGUCACGCAACCUCCUGACUUCCUCCUGUCCCACCAGCCCCUGUACCCUGCCCCAUCACCUCCACCCCUUCUCUGAUAUCCAGCGGACCUUUAGGGAAGUAAUUUUAAAAAAAAACCCAGAUGCUGGAAAUCUGAAACGAAAUCCGGAGAUGCUGGAAACACUCAACAAGUCAGUCAGCAUCCACGGAGGGAGAAACCAGUCAAAGGUCAUUGACCUGAAGCGUUAACUCAGCUCCUCUCUCUGCAGAUGCUGCCUGACCCGCUGAGUAUCUCCAGGCACAUUCUGUGACAAUUUAGGGAAGAAAAACAAAUUUGCAAAAGAUCUCUGCAAGUGAGUUAGAUGGCACUCUGGUGUUUGUCAACCCAGGGCCCCAGACCACUGCUGGAGAAGCUUCAGAAUUUAACCUGUGGGCUCAGCUUUUCCCUCAUUAAUGUGCGAGGAACAGGAGAUACAAGAGCUUCCACUCAUGGUGCCGGAUGUGCCGCAGAACACCUACCGGUGCAGUUCCCGUAGCAACCUUCAGGUGCUGAUGCACCAUGCUGAUGUGAAGAAGCACCACGCUGGGCCGAUUCGCAGAUCUGCUUGCUUCAAAACAAAUGAUGUGAUGCUCCUGGCCUUUGAUCCAAUCUGUUGGCAUGGAGCAUCCUCACAAUUCUGAGUGUGCUCUUCAGAAGCUGGAGGUUAAGCUUUUAUUCUGGAUGUCUGUGCCCUCUGCUUGGGCUGUGGCCUCACGUUGGGAUGGUCCCAGGGUCGUAGUAGAGCAGUGCGAUGCAGAGUCCAAGAAGGAACUUGCUCCAAUGCACCUUGCUGCAAUCCCUCUCUUACUUUAUGUGACCCACCCAUCUACUCAACAGCCAGUUGUUCUGUUCCGAUUAGAGUUCUCUUACGUGGCAGCUAUGAGUGAUGGCGGUGGAGUGGCCUGGGCCACGCCUUUCUUGGAAUGUGACAGGUUUAGACUUGCUGGAAGUGAGAACUCUCAUCCUGGACCUGCUUACCACUUCAUGGUUUACACGACCAGUGUGGUAUCUGGGCUGGAAUUCCUUCAGAGGGCUUUGUCCCGGAUUCCCAAGGCAACGUUUAAGAAAUAAAAGGCCAUUCGACCCUUUAUGCCUACCUCCCAGUUCCAUAAGCCUUCAGCCCCACUCUCCUGCACCAACCCCACAUCCAAAUGUCUCUCAAUCUCUGUCUUGAAUAUAACUCAGUGAGCGAGCCUCCACAGCCCUCUUGGGUAGAGAAUUCCAAAGAUCCACUGCCCUCUGGGUGAAGAAAGAUCUUCUCACUGUCCUGAAUGGCCAUCCCCUAAUUUUGAAACUGUGACCGUUGGUCCUGGACACCUUAGCCUUGGGGACAUAUUUCCUCCUCCACUCUGCCAAGCCACAUAAGAAUAUGUAUGUUUCAAUGAAAUCUCCUCUCGUUUCGCUAAACUCUGUGGCACAGGCCCAGUAUGUAUAAUCUCUUCUCAUGGGACUAACCCGCCCCCUCCCCACUGCUCACUCACUGACCCAGAAGUCAAUCUGGUGAACCUUUGCUGCAUUGCCUUUAUUGCAAGCAUAUCCUUCCUUGGUUAGGAAGACCAGACCUGUCCACAAUACUUAAUAUUAAGCACAGUUGUGGUCCAUUUACAUGUUCCACAGUACUAAAGCUGAGCACAUUCCUGGAGCUUUUGAGGCAGCACCUCCCACCUUCCUAACACAUCCAUCUUGAGAGCGCUCUACCUAAUUUCUGGAAAUUCAGCAGACUGGAUAAAUUUCGCCACUUAGUCUAACUUCCUUCUCUCAUAUCCUACUGCCUCUUCAUAAUGAAUCCAUUAAAGCUUCCAACGGAAAAAGAAUCCAAUCUGCACCAAUUGCACUGUGAUUUGACUCCAGGAUUGCUUCCUGGAUCUUCAGUUGCUGAAGAUUCCAUGAAAGUCCCAGAGAUCUUGGCAAUCCUAGAUAACCUGUGCCUGGGAAAGAUUUAUACUGGGCCAGGGAGGACACAGUGGCGGAGCUACUGGCUCACAGCCCCAGUGACCCGGGUUCAAUCCUGACCUCGGAUGCCUGUCUGUGUGGAGUUUGCACGUUCUCCCUGUGACCACAUGGGUUUUUUUCUCCCGUUUCCCAAAGGUGUGCGAGUCGGUAGGUUAAUUGGCCGCUGUAAGUUGCCCCUAGUGUGUGGGUGAGGGGUAGAAUCUGGGAUGGACGGGGGAUAGAAUAAAAUGGGAUUAGUGUAAAUGGGUGCUUGAUGGUCCACACAGACCCGAUGGACAGAAGGGCCUGUUUCUGUGCUGUAUGACUCUAUGACCGAGGAUCACCACCCAACAAUUAAAACAGGGCCCUACCUCGCCCGAUGCUGGCUCCCACCAACGUUGAACUGAUAGAAUGAAGGGUGGAGGAGUCAAACAGUGGACAGAGGCAGCUGCCCAAGUGAAUUUUUGUUUUGUCUUCUCUUGACUGAAGCACUUAUUUCAGGGAAAGUUAGAGAGGGCCGGUUUCCUCAUGAGUGUCUCUCGUACUGAACACCUGAUGCACCGAAGGUAGUUUCUGUCCGUCAAACCAGAAUUGGGGCUUGCAUAUCUGAGCAGCCAGUGACACUGGGGGUGGACGGGCCCAGCAACUCAUCAACUAUGAGGCUGUACUUGAGUGAGAUUGGUGUGUGUGUGAGUGACGUGGUAUAACCUUCAACAAUGGGUGUGGUGCUGACAGAGGAAGUCAGCCAGGUACACCGUUGGUCUUAAGAACAGGCGGAAUUCCUCCUCGGCACUUAUGUGUGACUUACCAGGUUAAAGCAACAGGCGGCUCCUUCAGUGACUGGAGUCAGACACUGGCUGAAAUACACCAGUGUACAUGCAGUGCUGGGCAUAGGGACAACUGUUGGUUCGUACCCAAGGGAGACGAGCCCCCCCCCCCCCACAAAAUGUCUUCCCUACUUGUAUUGGAUUGCAAUGAUGUUGGACAAAUCCAGGACCAGUUAUUACUCAGACCGCCCAUUGCAGUCCAUCAAAGCCCCUCAAGUUCACUCAGAAACUGUCAAUGGAUCUAAAAGUACACAGAGCACAACACCCAGGUGUGGUGCGGGUGUGACUUUGCACAGGCCGUAUAUCAAAGUACGCAUAGGCAGAGAAGUUAACAUUUCACUGACUAAACCCGCACUGGAUGCAGCAUUCGAGUCAGCGAUCUGCCCUCUAAGGGUUAAACCGUGUAACAAUCUGUAGGAGGUGUCUACCCCCCUCCCAAGGAGUAAGCAGCGUAACAAUCAGUGGGAGUGAUCUGCCUCCUCAGGGGUAAUUCCUCUAAUAGUGGUUGUAAUGCAGCCUUUGGUGUGGAUGAAUACGGUUGUUGGGUUUCUAUUACAAACACCACAGUCACAAUAUCUCCGCCUGCUCGGCUGUGAUAAAAGCCAGGAGCUCCCUCUGCAGCGUAGACACAGUGUAUAGACUAGUGGCAGGUUGCCCCUCUCUCUGAAAGGCGAGUCCCCGCGGCCCCCGUCCAUAACACAGAGGUACAGCAGUAUUCCAUGCAACACAGGGGCUAGCCACUCCCCGCACAUCUCCAGGUGCCCUGCCCUCCCCUCUUCACCCCCUUCCCCCACCCUCCCCUUGUCCCCUCCUUCUCUCCCCUCCACCCUCAGCCACUCCCUCCCCCUCUCCCCUUUUAUCCUCAUUCUGUUCCUCCACCCCCUCUCACCUCGAGCAGUGUCCUCCCCUCCCACUCCAGGUCUUCACCUCUCCUCCCCUCCCUCCGCCAUCGUCCCAUCCCUUCUCUUCUCCCCUUCCACCUUUACCUGGUUCUCCUCCUCUCACCCUUUCCACCACCUUUCCAUCCCCUCACCCUCACCUCUCCACUUCCUAUCCCCCUCGACCCAUUUCCCCCAUCCUUGCACCCCCGUCCCUAUCCCAAUCUAUUUUUCCCCUCUCUCUCCCUCCGGAUAUGCCCCCUAUAGUUCCUCACUCCCCGUUAGUGGUCUCCCCUUUGCUGUCAGUGCUGUGUCUCAGCGUUGGCUGACCAAUGGGUUCGACCUCUCCCUAUGUUGGCAAGGUUUUGGGUUGAAGCGAGUGCGAUCUGUAGCAAGCACGGAUGGAACUGACUUCCUCUGUCAAGUCCCCCAUGUGUUUAAACAUCAUUUUCAUUGAUUUAUAUGGAAGGUUUUCUGAUCUCUUGUUCAUCCUUUGUGGAAACGCUGUUGACAUCCUCAUGUAUAAACCUGCAUUCUUUAUAUAUCGAAGGGCAGAGACACAACUGGAUUAUUUCUCUCUGUGCUGUAUUUUUGGUGUUAUUAUAAGUUUACAGAAAAGUCUAAUAAAUGUUUAUUGGUACCUCGGU